AUGGCACAAGCUGUGUACGAUGAACAUCCCCUCGAGCAGUACCUUAGAGAUGAGGUCGGCGAAGCUCCCGAGCUUAUGCCAGGUGCCUCUGCCGAAUUCCUUGACGACGAACGCGAAUUCCUUGAGGGCGAGGAUGCGGACGCGUUGACACCCCUCCAGACCUACGUGCUCGAGAUCAUAGAGGUCGUGUCAAAUCUCGCACAGCAGCUGAACGCGUCAAGUUCCCCUUCACCCUUCGUCGAGCGCUUCAAAUACCAUGUCAUAUCAUCCUCCCUCCUAUCCGAAUCCGUCGCCUCCUCCUCUACCCGCCUACCGGGCUCGCCACCGCCGCCGCCCGGCAACCUCGAAGAUGAGCCGCUACGCCUGAGUGGCGCCUCUCGCGAACCACGGCAAUCCCUCACCGCGGUCAUAUCCUCAGAUUAUCCAGAAUGGGUGGUGCCCGGAGGCAUCGCGCUGCUCGCAUGCCUUCUCUCCGCUGGCGCAUACGCUCUGGUGAUUCUCAUAUGCGCAGCUGCGGCGGCCGCGCUCUCGAGGAACCAAGACAACGCGGGGAGGCCAGAUUAUACAGCCACCCUGGACGCGAUGAACGCCUUGGUGUCGGCGGGCAAUAUGUGGGAUUCCGCGGUGUCGGAGGCCUUGCAGGCUAUCGAGCGCGACGAGCAGAGGAUGGUCACCAGCGCGUCAUCGCCAUCGACGACGCCGACGUCACCCCUCCGCGUCGCGCUCAACUCCUCCAUGCACAGCACGCAAACCCAGUGCGAUAACGUCCGGCAGUUGUUUGUCGCACUGACAUCACCUACGGAACUCGCGCCACUUGCAGAGAUGUAUGCGCCAUCCUCACCCUCGAGGCCACCGUACGCGGAGCUGCCCAAUGUGGACCGUCCUCUGUCCCUGCCGACGCGCAAACGCACGAGUUCGCUGACAAGCUUGAAGCGCUCGACGUGGAAUGGCUCGUACGCCGCGCUGGCAAAUGCAGGAAGCCCGACGAUGCAAGUGCUCACCCACCGGCAAAAGCGCCGUUCCGACUUGUCGUCUCUACUUCAGGUCAACGGUGGUGGCUCGCCGGUUAAGCCCCGCAGUGCUCCUGGUACGCCGAAGACGCCCAGGACUCCUACCACACCAAGCCUUGGCGGCGUGCAAGAAGAGGAAGCGGACCGAGCUGACGAUAGCCCACAUGGGUCCAUCAGCAGCUUCGGCAGCGCGGCUCUUGAUUUGCGUCGGAAACGGAGGAGUAUGGGGCUCCAGACUCUAGGCCUGUCAUCGUCGAGGAGUUCUUCGGCACUGGGCUCCACGCACCCUUUGUCUCUCAUGUCGCUCACGAACUCCGUUCACGACGCCCUUGCGGCACGGCGAUAUGCCUGCGCACAUCUUUUGGCGCUGCGUUUCGGCGACGAUGAGGAUGAGCUGUACUGGGAAGAUGUGCGCUCAGUGAUGAGCCUGCUGACGGGCACGCUCGCGGACACCACCGCCCGCUUGACGGAGGCAUUCGAGGAGGUGGACACGCAGAAGCUCAGGGACGAGCAACCGACACCCACUCUCUGGGAAGGCGGCUCCAGCUUCGAUGCCGGUAGCCGCCGCUCGAGCCUCAACCUGGAGUUCUUGAAGAAGCGGGUCAGCUGGAAUAUGGAUGCACCCCGGUCCAGUGGGGGUGAGGUCAAGAACCGGCGGUCGUCGAUGCUGCGGCAUGCGAUGAGCGGGUUUGCACCUACGCCGGGGCCGCUUGCGCGCUUUGCGGCGCAUGUGCAUGUGAUCUCGUCGGCGCUGGACGAUGCGCGCGAAGAGCUCGAGCGCACCGUCGCCGCGCUGAAGGAGGAAGAGGCCGGUGAGGCUUCACCGCAAGAUUCCGAAGACGGCGAGCGGAAGGAGCAUCCUGCCCUCGCUGCCUACGAGCGGUUGCGCCGAGAGCUUGGCCUCGCGCUUCGCGAGUGCGAGCGCGGGCGUGACCGCCUUCUUGACACGGUGUCGCCUCCCCCUCCGCCCCCAGCAGUUGGCGACGACAGCGAGGACAUGCCCAACCUUACUCAUGACCUCUCCGAUGACUCUGACAAGCCCGAGCCAGCGGAGGAGGACAUAGACCCCUAUGGUGGCAUCGCCGCCCACGAGCCCGAUGGCGAGUACGUUGGCGCCGCGCCCGACUUCCGGGACGACGUCGCGGCAACGCUGAUGGCGAACGCCCGGCUUACGCCUCCGGGCGCCGAGCAGGUCUUCGAGGAUGACUCCGCGGCGACGAUGGCGCGGCUGCGCGAGCGGCCGAAGCUGUCGCGUGAGGAGCGUAUCAAGGCCGCUCGCGCUGCCCGGGAAAAAGCCAAGGAGGAGGGCUUGCCUUCCCCGCGCGGGUUCGGUCCCGGCGGUGAGGUUGUCCAGGAGCUGAAGGACGUGAUCUGGAAAGUCGGUGAGCGCCGGCGGCGGUUGACGCUCGAUACCCAGCCGAAGUCGCCCUCGCGUCCGUCGCGCUCGCCGCAGGACACGCCGUCGCCGGAGUACGAGGCUGCGCCUACGCCACCCCGCAUGCGCUACGAGGACUAUAGCUCGCGGAUGUCGAUCGUUCUCGAUGACCUGCCGCGGAUAUCCCUCGACCUCCCUCAACGACGCCCCCAGAUGCUGCCCACGCUGCACGAAGACUCACCCGUAAUACCCCGGAGUGACCUUCCACGACUACCCACGCUCGAGGAGUUCGGAUUUGGCCGGUCCUCAGAAGACUCGCAAUAA